AUGCGCGUGCGUUGUUUUCAGUUGAUUGUUUGUUGCAGCAUUUUCCCGUUCUGUUCCCAGUGCAUCGGCGUGGGCAACUACCGCCCCUGGGUGGUCUUCGUGGUGUCGCUUUGCCUUUGGACCCUUCUUAGUUGCUGCAUCACUGCUUCGGCCCUUUUCCGCAGUCGCCACAUCCGCAGUCGGCGGCUGGCAGUGGGGCACCGUCCACUUGUCCUAGCGGCGGCUUCGCUCGCUGCGCUGACCAGCGUCUGGCUGCUCAUCCUCCUAGCUCUCCACGCCUACUUGGCCCUCACGGGGCUGACGACGCUGGAAUGGGCCAAGGGCCUGCCGCCAGGAGCCACAACCGAGCCAGAGCCCAGGUGCCGCCUGGUGCCAAUGGCGGGAGAACCCCUGAGACCCCGAAGUGCUUCAGCUGCAUCCGCCUUGUCGCACAAGGAGGAGCCCGAGGAGGAGGUCUCUCCGGCUUCCGCGGCCGCUCGCUGGGCUUUACUGCGCGAUGCAGUGCGCCGAGAUGAGCGGAGGCCUAACUGGCAGAUGCUCUGGAACAGGCACCUGUCGCUGUCUUCGGUGGCCACUUUGGAAGACAGCUCCAGCGAAGAGGAUGCCAUCGCCGUUCAGGCCUUUUCCCCAAUUACUGGUACCUCAGCAACCUCGGCAACCAGCCCGGCGAAAAGCAGGCCGGGCUUCGAUUCGAGAAACGGAGAGCGACGUACGUGA